CAGAGAAGGGCUUGGCUGAUGACGUCACCAGGGCGGGUACAGUGAGAGGGAGCGCUGUACAGAUGGACGUGCUGACAUCCCCCGUGACGCUCUCUCUCCUCACCGGCCUCGGGUGCGGAUUCUGCCUCUGCCUGCUAUUGCGAGGCCGCGGCGCCCGUCCGGGUUCGGCUACGGGGGGCAGCAGCGGGCACCCUUCUGCGGAGGGAGCCCAGGGAGCAGGCGACUCGGCGGAGGUGAUGAGCGAGGGCGGGGAGUGGAAGCUUGUGCUGGUCGUGCGCUCCGACCUCAAGAUGGGCAAGGGCAAGGUGGCGGCGCAGUGCGCGCACGCGGCCGUCUCGGCGUUCCGCCAGGCGGGCGCGCGCCACGCUGACGCCCUGCGCCAUUGGGAGCUGGGCGGUCAGGCCAAGGUGGUGACGCGCGUGCCGGACGAGGUCGGUCUGGCCGAGCUGCUGGCGCACGCGCGCGCCCUGGGCCUCCCCGUGUCGCUGGUGCGCGACGCCGGGCGCACGCAGGUAGCGCCAGGGACGUGCACGGUGCUGGGGGUCGGACCCGGCCCCGCCGGCGCUGUCGACCGCGUCACGGGACACCUCAAGCUCUACUGAGCGUCGCCAGGAUGGGGGAGCAGCGUGUAUGUGAAUGCGAUCGUGCGUGGAGCAGUAGUGUAGCGGUUAGCGCACUGCGUUAAGGACCUGGAGAACCGGGUUCGAUUCCCACUCAUAGCCAACAUCAGUGACAAAUAUCUGAACCGGUUUUUAAUCUCUAGGUCGACUCAGCCAUAAAUGAGUACCUGGUGCAGGUGUCCACGCAUGUGCACUAGUCUGCUCGAUAACGCUUCCCCAUUAGUGAAGGCGAUAUGGGGGAUCUUUUAUAUUUUGUGGUAGGGGAAAGACCUGCAACCCACGUGUACUUUUUCAUGAAUUCCUCGUGUGUUCAGGUCUUCUAAAGAUAAAUCACCGUUUUUGUUAAUUGUUUGAAUUAUGAUUGCCAACUAACCAGGUGAUGGCAGUGGCAACGCACAUGGCCUGUAAUCCAACACUAUGGAGGCAGCGAGGGUUGGUGGAUUGCACGACAUUUUGCGAAACUCUCUUCCUGUAGGCAUCAAGGAAUAUGCGGUACAGCAAAAUGUGAACAAAUAUAUCUCAUCUGUAUCGGAUGGAGUGUUACCCCCUCGUGCAGUGCUCGAGUUUACUCUCAAACAUUAUCAUUGACUGGCCAAAACAUCUUAAUCUAUAUGCACCUCCAUGUUUGCGGAUUACGCUGGUGUUGUGAUAUGCAGCUUGGAUGAAUGACGCGAUAUUAAAACGCUCAUUCUCAGUAAUGAGUUUCAGUUAAGAGUGCUUCCCCAUCACCAGUCAUGGUAAUUCGCUGAUGAAGGCCUCAAAGCUGCCAUCUCUCGUGAUCCUGCCAUCUAAUAACCUGACACCUGCACAAGAACUGGUUUUACUGCUCUAUCGCCAUGGACCUCCCCCUCAGAUGCACUCCAUUCCUCCAUUGCCACUCCGUAAUUUUUGACCACUGGAAAUUGUACCUUCUCGCGAUGCGUCCUGCCCAAAUCCACUUUUGUCAACGGGUUUGGAGGAUGUCUCCAAUAACCUGUGAAUCUUCUUGGUUCUUUCGGUAAAGUCACGUAGAAGGGAAAUAAUAAAAUAAAACAUAAAAUAAUUCUCAUGACGUUUCGGCCACAACGCAAGCAGCCGUCCUCAGGUGAAGACCAGGUCUGUCGGGGAGACGGACCUGUGAAUGUUCCCCGAAUCGCGUGUUCCUCUUUUUGUCCCUGAAUGUUAUUCCAAUCGUACAUAUAUCUUAGUUUUACAUUUCUGUUCCAUUUUGUUCAUGAUGUUUUUGAUUGAUGUCAGCGGGUAGUCUGGCCUCGUUAAAAGCAGCCUUUGUGCACAUUGGUCUUAUUUUCAUUGUCAAGUUCGGAUUUACAAAAGUGCAACAGCC